AUGGACGAUUUCGACGACUCGCACCGCGCCUCAAAGCGACGCCGAACAGGAACGUAUGCCACGAGAAGGCGGACGCUGGUCUCGUCGCCUGCGGAACCUGUGGACGAGACGCAAACAGAGACAAAGGCGCUUAAGAAGAACAUCGAGCGGAGAAGCCUCUCGGAACAGAAGAGCCAGUUUACUGAAGAUGAACGAUCUACGGCUAUUGGCAAAGAGCACACGGUUGGGCUAGAGGACGGGGGAAAUGCUGCCGAGGACAGACAGCGAAGUAGAAGGAGCAGUGGUCGGAGAACCACGAGAACAGAUGGUGUUUCAGACACAGCCUUGGAUGCGCCCACCAACAACCCAUCCAGUGUGGAAAUAAUUGAUCGGGGCACACAGGAAGGCCCAGAACAUUCGCAGAAUGACCCUACCGUCCCUGAAUCGGACGACGGACAGGACGACGAGGAUGGCGUGGCCUCGACAAGACCGCGAUCGAGCACACGUAUAAGACGGCCAUCUCGACGACUCGAAUUAGCCAAUGCGGAACCAGCAUUACGACCUUCUAAACGACGGAAAAGGCCUGAUGAUAAACCGGCAGUGGAGUCUCUACCAUCACAGCCAGUUUCUGUCACGGCGCCGACCAGUGUCCUAUCACCACAACCAAAAGGAAUUCUGACCCCCUCGCGACGCGGUCGCGGUCGCGGUGGCAGGGCCGGGCCGCGAAAAUCGGUGGCUUUUGAGGGCACCGUCGAUGACGAGCAGAGGCAGAUUGAAGAGCAACUUGGCUUCAAGGACAUAGUCCUCUCGAGCAAGACGAAGAGCGGAAAGGACCGAUCAAAGCAUGUCGAGGCAGACCACGUGGUGAAUCAGGAAGACCUUGAUGAUGCUCUCGAACAGGCAGAUUCACCGUUGGGAGACGGGGAUGCUGAAGACGAGGAUACCUUUCUGGAAGAGUCAUUUGACCUCAACGACAUCAUCUCAGGCUCUCAUGUCUCAGAGAUUCCUCCACCAGGAGUUGUUCCCGCCAACAACGCCACCGAAGACGAAGAUCCACAGCUCACAAAGGUCAAACUACAGAUCCUCUCUCGUAUCACAGAUGCCCACAAUGACGACCCAUCAUUCUCACCAUCACCUAUCCCCUCCCACCUGCAAACCCAGUAUACAACCCUACACGCCCUGCUCACUGCAACAGUCGUGUCCGGCGAAUCCAACUCUCUCCUUCUCCUUGGUUCCCGCGGCAGCGGAAAAUCCCUCCUCAUCCGCCACGCCUUGAGCGCCUUAUCCCACAGCCAUGGCGGCGAUUUCCACACCGUCAAGCUAAACGGGUUCUUCCAGACGGACGACAAACUGGCGUUGAGGGAAAUCUGGCGCCAGCUGGGCAGGGAGAUGGCCGUGCCUGAGGACGAGACGGGAGAAGUGAGCAGCUAUGCCGACACGAUGGCGAGUCUUUUGAGCUUGUUGAGUCACCCGGAGGAGUUGGCCACCGCCGGUCCCGACGCACUGGCUGAAGGAGGAAACCAGACGUCGAAAACCGUCAUCUUUAUCCUCGACGAAUUCGACCUCUUCACCACGCACCCCCGGCAGACACUGCUCUACAACCUCUUCGACAUCGCGCAGGCGAGGAAAGCCCCCAUCGCGGUAGUCGGCUGCUCCACGCGCAUGGACGUCGUCGACUGCCUAGAGAAACGGGUCAAGAGUCGCUUCAGUCAUCGCUGGCUGCAUGUCCCCAGCGUCAAGAGUCUCGUUGCCUUUGAGGAAGUCGUGAGGGGUGUUUUGUGCUUGCCGGUUGAUGGGAAGGACGCAUUGGGACCUCGAGUCACAAAGGAGGAUCUAGAUUGGAGACGGAGGUGGAAUGAGUACAUCAAGAUUCAGCUCCUCCCUGCGCCAUCCACACAAGCAGUCAUGAAGAAAAUCUUCUACGGCACGAAAUCCAUUCCGGACAUGCUGGCCGCGCUCUACAUCCCUAUUGCUACCCUCUCUCUGCCUGCGGACGAUGAAGUCGGUGAUAGCGACGUCUCCAAAUCCCACACGCCCAUUGUCACUGACACGACGAUCUCACCGCCGUCACUGCUGGAUCUCCUCCCGCAUCUGCCCGUCCUUCAUUUAUCCCUCCUCGUCUCUGCUGCACGUCUCGAGACCAUCUACGACGUCACAAAAGCCAACUUCACGCUCGUCCACAAGCAAUAUACCGAGCUGCUGACUCGUUCCAAGCUCCAGCGCUCGUCGUCGUUUUCGUUCUCGAAAGCCGGUGCCAUCACGGGCACAGGUCUGAGAUCGUGGAGCAAGGACAAUGCAAGAGCGGCGUGGGAGGAUCUGGCGCAAUGGCAGUUCAUUCUGCCGCACUCGGGCGCUGGUGGGGUAGGAAGGCUGGGCGACGAAGGGGUAGGGGGCGAUGGUAUAACAAGCAAAAUGUUCAGGGUGGACGUGACUCUUGAUGAGAUUGCGUGGGCGAUCAAGAAAAAGUUUGAUGCUGCCUCUGCUGGUGAAACCUUGAUGAAAUGGUGCAAAGAGGUAUAA